AUGACCAUUACGGACUUCACCGUGCGCAAAAAGAGCUACCGCUAUCUCACCACCCAGGCGAGCUAUCCAAACCAUGAUUCCAAGGCGGUCCUCGAUGCCUUUGAUCCCACCAAGGACCUUCAGUUGCAAGAUCUCAACAGCCUUGUCGAAAAGGGUGUACAAGGAGGCGCCCCCGCCUGGUACACGGGAUGGCCCAAGGAACAGGUGAACAACUUUAAUUUUUGGCAUCGUCCAAUGAUUAGGUACACAACGGUUGGCGAAAAGAAAGAACAGCACUUCGAUAAGUUGUACGUGCUGGACCAUGACGUUCUGGAGAACGGGAGCGACCCACUGGCAUUCUCUUGGCCGGCAAAGGCCUUCUCAAAAACCGAUCCGAUUAAGGUUCCAAAGUUGGAGGCGUGGUUGAUAAACGAGGCGCUCGAGCAGGAUCACUCCAAGCUGUUCGUGAUGCCACUGACGAAGACCCUGAGACGGCCUACGACCUACUGGUUACACGCAAGCGAAUGCCCAUUCCCAAGGAGUUCUUGGAUAUCGCUUGGGACGGAUCGUCGGCACGCGAAGUCUUGCGAUUGGUGA